AUGCAGCCGGCGGGGGCUGUCCGCCUUGUCCCCAGCGGCAAAGUCUACAAGCAGAUCUUCGAAGAUGAGGUUCAUUUAGUACGCUCUUUGGGUGAAGUAAGGAGCAAGACUAAGUUUUCUAUGAAGAGUGAAAAGAUACCUUCAGUUAAGGACUCAGAAAUUUGUGCUGGUGGAAGGCCGUUACUGCGUUACCAGCAGAAGUGUGUUGAAAAAAUGCCCUAUACUGACUUCACAGAAAAGCCAGUGUUAUACAGGGAAACUACAACACUUCAAAAGGUUUGGAAAAGUGAAGACGUAAUUGCAGUUGAGGAAGUCAGAGCCCUACCUGAUUUUGUUGUUUCUGAGAAAACAAGCAGCAGUAUUUUGGAACACCUAUCAGGAUGCAGGCAAGGCCGUCAUGAUGACGCACUGACCUCAAUGCAUCAUGAGCUUGCCUCCAUUGCAAGAGAAAUAGAAUCCUUUGUUUUGGAGCCUGGAAAUUUACUUUUGUCAAAACUGUUGGAAUCAGAUAGAAAAAUUGAACUUUGGUUCAAAAGGAUUGAGCUCCACACUGAUCUGGAAGGCUUCUCAAUAGAAAGUUUGGAAGAACUAUGGGAUGUCAUCCACCAGGAAUAUUUGACCAGAAGGAAGUGGAUUAGGGAAAUGGAUGAAACCUUAAAAAUGGUUGAAUGGAGUCGAACUGACAAAAUAACAGAUGUACUGAGAAAGUAUACCGUGAUGUUGGAGGAUAUUUCCUUCCUUUUACCACCUGAUGUUUAUAGGUUCAUGAAUGAUGAAGCCAUGAUUAUUAACAGAGCCCUAUUGGCCAAUCGGAGGGCAAUUGCCAAGCUGUUCUUUAAUUUAAUGAAAACAGAAUUGAAAAGGGAAUUAUCACAUCGGUUGAAAUGGCAAGAUAGGUUGAAGGACUGGAAGCUCCUACAAAAGAACUAUGCAGUUCACAAUUUCAGAGAAUUUAUGGCAAGUGAAGAAAUACAGAAUCCACCAGCUGUACAACAUGAAAUGGAAAACAUGAUAAAGCAUCAGAUUUUACUUAAUGAAAGGAGACUAGAAUUUCUGCAAUGCCUUGGUAAUCUGUUGCCUCCAGUGCACACGAAAGCUGAGAUAAAUGAAUGGUACAAAUCGUUGGUGAAUUUAAACAAAAGCAUAGACACCCACAAUGUGCAGUGUCUGAUGAAAAUUCGUGCCCAGUAUGAAAAGGUCCAUCAGAAAUGUUUGACAGAAGUGCAGUUAUGCAAGAAUAAACUGUUGAAUCAGAGCGUUUGCACAAAAAUGGAGGCUGAAGAAAUUGUGAAUUCUGACUUGCUUCAUUUGACUGAGAAACUACAAAGUCAGUUUGAAGAAGAACUGGAGCAUAUGGAUAGAGAUUUGGAAGAGCUGGCUAAGCAGAAUGAACAGAAUUGUAGAGACUUGUACGGUUAUUUUCAGGAAGCUAUUGCCCUCUGGGAUGUGCAUCAACUCCAACUCUCCUACCAAGAAGAUGAACUUAAGAAGAAAUUAGAUGAAUGCAGAUGGAAGCAGGAUAACUUAAUACAGAUGAUGGAAACUAAUCUGGAUAUAGUUCUGGAUAAAAUGAGAACAGCAAGCUCUGAAGAAAAGCUAAAAAAAUAUUUGGAGAAAGCUGUUUCUUCUUUGGAUGAUAUUAGAACUGAGUAUGAGACAUUCAAUCAAGUUCUAAUGGAUAAAGUAAUGGCUUACCCUGAAGCUGUUUUGCAGGAGUUGAUUUCUUACAGUGUAUCUAUCAGCCAAUAUUUUAAUGUAAAAGAAAUCUUUAAACAGAACUUGCAAGGAAAGAUAGAUGCCACUUUUCAAGAGCAAGAAUUAGUUGAAGUUUCAGAAGCUGAAAAUAUGGUGGAACAGCAAGCUGAGAGCUUUGUGCAAGAAUAUGAAGAAGAGCAAAAGGCUGAUAGCAUUCAACAGGAAAAUGAAGAAACACAUACACCUGAGAAUGAGGACAUCUUUGCACAAGAAACUGAAGAAACAGAGAAACAAGAGGAUGGAGAGAGUAUUCCUCAUGAAAGUGAAGAAACUGAUCAUAUAGAACAGGGGGACGUGAUCAAGAGUAGCAAGGUGGAAAGCUCUGAGUUUGCUGUUGAGUUCUUUUCCACUUCUAGUGGAAACACUUACACGGUUUUUGGAGCUGAAGAGGCAAGAAAGACUAGCAUCCCAGAGAAUUAUUUUACUAAAUAUGAAGAAAAAGAAUCACUUCCUGCAUACCUGGAACAUGUCCUUAUAAAAGACACUGUGUUUGCAGAGCUUAAAAAAUGGAUUCGCCUCUGCUUUUUUGAACACUUGGAGAAGUGGUUUACACAGUCCUUAUCCAACUCUUCUGUCAUUGUGGCUGCCAAGAAAGAGGAGCUGAAUUCAGAACUUAACUUGCAUCUUCACUUGUGUCAAUCAAGGCAGGAACACAUAAAGACAAAUAUCUGCAAUGUUAGAGCUGCGGAACUGUUGCUCCACAAGGAGCGUCUAGAGUGCCACUGUGCAGGGGUGAUGGAAGCUCUGAGCAAGGAAAAAAAUGAAUUUCUCAGACUUCAUGAUGAGCAAAAUACCAUCAGCAAAGACUUCUGCUCACGGAUCCGUGACAUGGGAUCUGUCUUCGUUGGUGCAGCUAAGACUGAGAAGUUGGUUUCUUUCACUGAAAGUCUGCACUCAGAGCUGCUUAAUCAUUUGGAAGUCAUCCAGAUUUCCCUGAGAAGUUACCGGAACUAUUUGGAGGAAGCUUUGGGAAAAUUACGAGAUUCAAGUGUGGAUUUUCUCAAAGCUUGCAGAUUAUUUUCUGAGGGAGGUAACUUUUCUCCUGAAGAGAUACAAUCUUUCUGCAAGCGUCUUCAGAAAGAAGGUGAACGUAUUGACUCUUUUGAAGGUUUAAUCAUGGUUGAUAUGGAGAAAAUGGAAUCAGACUACUUUGAGCAGGCUACUGAACUUAUCAACCAGUCUGAAACAAAAUUCCGUUAUCUUUCCAUGGAUCGGGUAUUUAUGGAAAAGAUUCAGCGAUUUCUGACAAAUCUACAAGUGCAAAUCAAGUCAGAGGUAGCAAAUUCCAAUUUGCAAGCAGAGACGUUGAACUCGUAUCUGGAGAAGCUCCAUCAAAAAAUAGAUGCUUGUGCUCAUCCUACUGCAGAUAAAGAAGCUUUGACUUCAGAAGAGUUGUAUGACUUUUCCAAAGUAGUAUUGAAAGAACUGAAAAAGAGGAGCCAGUAUCUCGAUUGCUUGCUAGUAAAUGUAACCAGCCUUUAUGAUAAUGCUUUUAUUUUCUGAUCAAUCCAGGAGGAGUUUUCCUCUUCUACAACAGAGAUUACGUUACAAGGCCCAAUUGCAGUUGCCAUUCGAACAGAGUCUCUCAGAGAUGAGAACAAUGUGAUGGUGAUGGGCAUGGAUCCUGUUAAAUUUCCUGUGUUAAAUCCAAGCAGAAUGGGAAAGUCUGCAGUUGAAGAUGUAUCAAUAAGCAUUAUCAAAAAUUUGCUUGAAAUUCAGCCAUCCAGAAAAUCUUCAGUCUUGAAUCCAGAGAGAAAUGAUUGUUCAAAUUCAUUAGGACCAGCAAUUCUUCCGACAUCAAAGAGGAAUUCUCGCUUAAAUGUGCCUGAUGAAGGUCCCCAGAACCCUGCUUACAACUACACAGCUCUGAGCACCAGAAAGUCAUCAUCUUUUAACCAAAAGAUAUCAACAGGAAGCAUACGGAAAUACAGCAGGCCAGGUCGCAAUGACAAGAGAUUCUAUAUAUUUGAAGAGAAGCCUCCAGAAUCUGAUACUUUUAAGGGGAUUAUUAACAGUAUUCUCUGGGCUGGUAAUGACAGCUUACUCUGUCUUGCUGAGGAGUUCUACCGAAAAGAUAAGCAUCAAAUCACAAUUCCUGAAGAUCUGCCAGAGACAUUUGAACUCUGUGCUGAACGGCUCAGACAUAAAAUAUUGUCAUACCAAAGUCAGACAGAUGAUUACUAUAAUUCCUGUCUAAUAGAAUUUCGGGAUCAGUUGAAGCUGUUUGAAGAGGAACUCCCUUACGUCUCACAGUUGGCAGUUGAUAGUCUUUUAAAAGAGCACGAGCAGAAGCUCAGCUGUUCCACUGAUCAAAUUCGGCACCUCUUCAAUAAACAGCUGGAAGACUGGGAGAACAUAAAGGCUGUACACACAAAUCAAUUACGUCCUUCUCUGGGACAUCCAGAGAACUUACUUCAGCUGGAAGCUUUAUGCCAAGAGGAAGUAAAAAGGCAAAAAGACCAAGCUGAUGCUAUUCAUCUCAAUACACAGAUGAUGCAGGCCUGUGCUGCUGAGUGUGCUCAAAACUUUGUUUCUGCGCUAGCUGCCUUCACUGAAAAGCUGCUUCUGGAAUUAGAUGAAAGUAUCACUAUUGAUGAUGUAGAACUAGCAAAAAUUGAAAUGCCAAGAGAGAAGAUAACCACCCUAAUCCGUCGUAAACAAGCUGGGCUUUCUCUAGAAACCUGUGAAGCUGAACAGUUGAUUGAACGUGGGAGCAGGACUUGGCCAGGAAUACCAACGACUACUCUUACUGACAAUUCAGACUAUAUUCUUUGCAGGGAAACUGCCUCUGUAACAACAGCUAAGACUACAUUGGGCCACAUAGCAGCAGUAGAAGCAAGAGAUGCAGUAUAUGAGAAAUACAAAUGUAAACUUGAGCAGCAAUUUGCCCAGAUCAAGGAAGAAAGUACAGCUCACCUGAUGACAACUCAGCGCUGGGAAGAUUGGUGGAAACAAUCCAUUCAGAAGAUAAAACAGCUCUAUACAUGAGAUCAAUCAAAUUUUGCUAAUAUCUUUCUGUUCUACAAAUAAAUGUACUCCUGACAAAGAAAAAAUUAUGAUAUUGUAUAUU